AUGGGACAACAACCCUGGGAUUUGUCUUCCAAGGCGGGGUCAUCGCUGCUGCAGAUACACGGGCCAGUGCUGGGGGAUUGUGAGGCCGUCUGUGAGUCUGCUCCGGGAGAAGAUCUCAGUUUCAGGGUCCGAAAUCCUUUGUUUGCUGGAGGCGAGGAUGAUGUCGAGAGGAAAAUUCACUUUCUUCAUGGGACCACCACUUUAGCAUUCAAGUUCCAGCAUGGUGUUAUUGUGGCAGUGGACUCUAGAGCGACAGCAGGCGCCUACAUUGCCUCUCAAACAGUGAAGAAAGUUAUCGAGAUCAAUCCAUAUUUACUGGGCACAAUGGCUGGAGGAGCUGCAGACUGUAGCUUUUGGGAACGUCUCUUGGCCCGCCAGUGCCGCAUCUAUGAGCUUCGAAACAAAGAGCGCAUCUCUGUGGCCGCAGCUUCCAAACUACUGGCCAACAUGGUGUACCAGUACAAAGGCAUGGGACUCAGCAUGGGGACAAUGGUGUGUGGCUGGGAUAAGCGAGGACCAGGACUGUACUAUGUGGACUCGGAGGGAAACCGGGUGUGUGGUGACCUGUUUGCAGUGGGCUCGGGCUCCAUGUAUGCCUAUGGUGUGGUGGACAGCGGCCUACGGCAAGAUCUGACUGUGGAGGAGGCCUGUGAUCUGGGGCGCCGUGCCAUAUACCAAGCAACAUACCGUGAUGCCUACAGCGGAGGCCAGGUCAACCUCUACCAUGUACACAGUGAGGGCUGGACCAGAGUCUCCCAGGAUGAUGUCCUAAAGCUGCACCAGCAGUACAAGGACCAGGCUUAG